AUGCUACUGAUAGCUUUACUCCUAAGUCUGUUGGAUCCACUAAACGCACUUAACGCAUGCCUUCUACCUUCUCUCGAUCCUGGUCGACAAAUAGUUUGCGAUCAAAUUUUUAGCUUCAAUGAAGUGUCUAAGCAAUUCAAUAUACCUAAUUUGGUAUCAACUGCGCUUCCGUUUCAAAUUGGCGGACCUGGAAUUACAAUGGCUGACGCGAUAUCAGGAGCUCUACCAUCAGACAGAUGGCAAUGCCUCAGCAUAGAAUGCACAUGUGGUUUUAUUCAAGGAGCUCAGUACGAUGGUUCACGAUGUAAUCUGCCGGAUGGAAACGUGAUGGGUCAGGUACAGAGGAGGGAAUUCCGAACAUUAUCCGCAGCUGAGCGUGCACUGUAUCGACAAGCGUUUUUGGCUGUACAAGGAACAAUGUACAGGCAGCUGGGCAUUAUUCACUCAAACUUCAAUCAAUCCCCAGGAGCUCAUUCCGGUCCGAAUUUUCUUGGAUGGCACAGAGAGUUUCUUAAAAGAUUAGAAUUAGCUAUGAGAACAACACCGGUUACGGUUGGUGGUCAAACUACUUAUCCUUAUGCGAACGUAUUUAUUCCAUACUGGAAUUCUGCAUUCGAUAAUGAACUUAUUCGAACACACGGGAUUUCUCCACUCAAUUCGGUCAUGUUCUCACCAUAUCUGAUCGGUUCAGUACGCUCUGGCUCCGUUACGGAUGGGAUUUUUGGGAAUUUUGUCGGAUCAUUGGGAAGAGUUACCAGGCGAGCACUUGACCAGUGGAACGGUCAGGUUACGUUGUUCUCAUUCUCUGAAGUUGCUGAUAUCAUAAACAAUCAUGGUGUCAACGAUCUCCUUGGAGCAACAGCUGGUGGAAGUGGUUGCCCAAAUGUGCUGGUCGAUAACAUAGAGUUGGUUCACGGUGAUGUACACGUAUGGAUUGGUGCCGAUAUGCAACAGAUCACGACAUCCACGAAUGAUCCAAUCUUCUUUCUUCAUCACUCGUUUAUUGAUAGCAUUUGGGAGCAAUGGAGACAGCUAAGACAGACCCGAUCCCAACGUGAAACACAAUGGAAUACCGGACCGACAAGCUGUUACUCUUCCGCUCAUCAGUUCAACGCUGCUAUGGUUCCCUUCACUGGACUCACGAAUCGUGUUGGAUUAAGCAAUGCGUACACCGAUUAUCUCUACAACUACGCUCCAUCGCCUUCAUGCGCUGGUGGUUGUAACUCAGCUUUCCUAUGGUGUGACACGACAAGGAACGUUUGUGUGGCACGUAUUCGACCUGGAUCAGCUUGUUCUCGUUUCAACAAUAUCGACCCUUGCUAUGGCACGUGCAGUUCCGGCCGAUGUGUAGCUCCCGCUAAUCCGCAAGCGGACGAUCCUUCUGUCACGGGACCUCCACACUAUCCUCCAAAUGAGCCUCCCAAGGAUGAGGGUUGUGUCAAUCUCCACGAAUGCUGUGGUUCAUGGGCACUGAAAGGAGACUGCGCCAGUAAUCCCGAAGUUAUGGACACUAUCUGUCCUGCUUCAUGCGCUCAAUGUCAACCAGCAUAUAAUGUCGUGGACAAUUGCGAGAAUCGUCACAGUUUAUGUCAAAAAUAUGCAUCCAUGGGGAAAUGUCAAUCAAACCAACAUUGGAUGGCAGAAAAUUGUCGAAUGCAAUGUGGUUUGUGUAAUCAGACAAGAAGAGAGACGUGUGAAGGUCAGAUGAAGCCACUUCAGUAUGCGAAAUUGGCAAACGAUGCCGCACCGUCAGGACAACGUCCAUCUCCUUCUCCACCUCCAUCCACCACUUCAAAAACAUGUCUCAAUUCGCAUACGUGUUGUUCUUACUGGGCAUCUCAGGGCAAAUGUGAUUCAGUCAGUGAUAUUAUGGAAAAAGUUUGCAAAGCUUCGUGUACCUGUCAACCUAGUUACAACACUGGAGCAUGCGACGACUUCAUCAAAGGUUGCAUGAAUAUGGAACGGCUUGGUCUAUGCACGGUUGACUAUUUUGCUGAAAAUUGCAGAAAAACAUGCAACAAAUGUCCCUCAUCGUCUGACGACGCGGACUGUGAAGCAUCCAUGGAUAACAUGUCCACUUAUGACAACAAUACAGGAUCGGCUCCAUCACAUCCAAGUCCACCUGUUUACGAAAAAGUACCAGAAGUAGAAGAAUCGGGUUACAAUUGA